AUGCGUGUCCUCGAUCGCACCGAACGCGAGCUCAAAAGCGACAAGUACCCGUACGCCAAGAACCCGAGUGCAUACAAGGACGUCGCACGCAGUACCGCUUUCCAAAGAUUCGCGCGCGAAGCAGAGAAUGCCAUGCAGGACUCACUUGAGGCGGAAUGGAAAGAGCGACUGCAGGAGAUGACCAGGGAGCAGAUCGAUAAAGAGUUCGAGCCGGAGCAGGAAAAGAAGUGCCUUACUGAGCCGGAGAUGCUCAUGAUCUACAAUCAUGCGCCGGAGACCAUCGAAAUGCUACAGCCUAUGAUUGAGCAUGUGGAGGAUCGCUUCACCGCGGAAGAGCAGCAGCUACUGGUGGAUGUAAUCGUCCGGACACUCAGGCCAGACGAGCGUCCAACGCAAUCGCAAGGGAACCAACAAGGGGACUAG